AUGGAACUGUUGUUGUAAUGCCUUCUGUGAUCCUAUCCUCAGAUGACGGCUGUUAUAAUGGGAGCGAUGAUACAAACGAAGUGUCGGUCACUUCGGCGCCGAUUCCCAUACCAGACACUGGAUCUCAGAAACGACAGCAACAGCAACGAAGACGAAAGAAGAAGCGCACGAGUAGUACGAGUAUGACAGCCAAUUGCUUCUCCGAUCUCUAUUCAAUGACCGGCGAGUUCUUGGGAGAGGGCGCCUACGCCUCUGUCCAGGAGUGCAAAAACAACUACACGGGCAAGAAGUACGCGGUCAAAGUGAUCGACAAGAUUCCCGGACACAACCGCUCCCGUGUAUUUAGAGAGAUCGAGAUCUUCUAUCACUGCCAAUCGCACCGGAAUAUUAUACAACUCGUCGAGUUCUUCGAAGAGGCCAACAAGUUUUAUCUGAUCUUCGAGAAAGUGAACGGCGGACCACUUCUGGCGCACAUUCAAAAGCGGGUGCACUUCACUGAGAACGAGGCCAGCCUUAUAGUACGUGAUAUAGCGAAUGCUCUUAAGUUCCUGCACCACAAGGGAAUAGCUCACCGGGACCUCAAGCCUGAAAACAUACUAUGCUUUAGUGAGAACCAGGUCUGUCCCAUCAAGAUAUGUGAUUUCGAUCUCGGCUCAGGUGUUGUACACAGCGAUUCCUCUCCAAUCAGCACUCCUGAACUCUUAACUCCGGUCGGAUCCGCUGAAUUCAUGGCUCCCGAAGUGGUGGAGGCCUUCAUCGGUGAGGCCUCUCCUUAUGACAAGAGAUGUGAUUUGUGGUCAUUGGGAGUGAUAACAUACAUCCUGUUGUGCGGAUACCCGCCGUUCUACGGCAGUUGUGGCAGUGACUGUGGGUGGGAGCGUGGUGAAUUCUGCCAAUCAUGUCAGGACCAGUUGUUCACUUGCAUCCAAGACGGGACGUACGACUUCCCGGACAGGGAGUGGACGUACAUUAGCGAAGACGCCAAAGACCUGAUCCGACACCUGCUGGUGAAGGACGCGAGUCAACGGUACACCGCGGAGAUGGUGUUGAACCACCGAUGGGUGGCCUGUGGCGGCCCCCGAACUCUACUCGAGACGCCUCGAGUUAUUCGCCGUAAUAACAGCGCUAAAGAUUUGGCGGCAUUUGCGGAGAGCGCUAACGCUAUGAAGCGUUUGGUUUUGAGACACAUGACAUACAGCACUGACUUCUCAUUCAAACCCAGACUGACGUCACAUCACGAGAACGAAGAGAGCGACCAAAUCGCCAUCACUUUCAAUAUUCCCAUUACUCCCACCUCUGAUUCGGGAAGUGUUUCGCCGCCAAUAAUAAUGAAUUCGUUUUCGGAGAAGUGUCUGAUGUCUGUGCCGUCGGCGUUGGAUCCAAAGAUUGCUCAAAACCGAGUCAUUCGCACGACUCUAAGUCUCGGCAGAAGUUUCGGUGAAUCAGAACUCAUGGGUUUCUGAGAAGUUUGCUUUUCCUUCAGAUUUUCUAUUUUUAGAUAUUCUGACAAAAUUACAGUUAAAACAU